CCACAGGCAAAAUCUCAUGGGCCCUAAACCCUUAUAUUGCACCUCUUCUAGCACCUGCGCUCCUACUGCGCCGGGACCAGUUUAAACAUUAUGAGAGUUAUUUUCUCUACUAUUGCCCCUUUCUAUGGUGUUUUCUGCGAACCGCUACUGCUCCUGUCAAGAUACCGCGCCGUAAAGGCACCUCCACUAAGCAAAUGAAUGCGUUGACGACAUUCGCAUCCGCACCCUGCACUUCCAAGGAAACCAGCCAAAAUCAAAAAUGGUGAACGAUCACUAGCUUCACAGCUAAACAAGUGAAGGCCUAUAUCACACGCCUUACCCCCGGCCGGACAUAUCGCCCCAGUAAGAGCAUGAACUUGAGCUAUUCGUUACAUCCCUCAGGACCACCCGCUUGAUGACCUUUCUGAUGUCUUUCAAUCCAAUUUUAGUGUCUACGUGGUUAUCUGCUCUCUGUAGCCUCGGAUUCGGGCGCCGUAUCCUAAUCGGAAGCUACCGAUCUAUAAACACGUCCACUCACUCCGGCUCGAAUAAGCGGAACUCCACAGUAAUUGGAUCUUUUGAUAAUGGGAGUAAAUACUAUAGACGGAUGAAAUAUAAGUUACCGGCGGUGCUUAUCGCCGCUAUUACGUUAUGAGGUCUUACGAACCGUUGGCAGACCAGAAAAGUGAACCUGAGGAAUCCGGGCAUUAUAUUUCAGAACAGGGGUUUUGGCCAUCUAUACCAGGGAGUUGUCUUGAAGAAGAAAGAAGGGAGAGUCAGAGAACAAUAAACUAUUCUGG